UGCGCGCCCGCCUGCUCCCUGGGCGCGGCGCCGCUGCGCACUGGGCUGGAGCCGGGGACCGGAGGACGGGCGGGGGUCAGCGCUGUCAGCGAGCCGCGGGGCGAGCCGAGGAUGUCGGAGGAACUGCCCUUGCACAUCAACAUCCGGGAGCCGCGAUGGGACCAGAGCACUUUCCAGGGGCGAGCCAAGCACUUCUUCAUGGUGACCGACCCCCGCAACCUCCUGCUGUCCGGGGCGAUGCUGGAAGACGCCCGGAGGGUGGUUGAGAAUUACAGGUCGGGGACGGUGUCACCGGGCCUGACGGAGGACCAGCUCUGGCGGGCGAAAUACAUCUACGACUCGGCCUUUCACCCCGACACCGGGGAGAAGAUGAUCCUGAUCGGGCGCAUGUCGGCCCAGGUGCCCAUGAACAUGACCAUCACCGGCUGCAUGCUCACCUUCUACAGGACGACCCCCGCGGUGUUAUUCUGGCAGUGGGUGAAUCAGUCGUUCAACGCGAUCGUGAACUACACUAACCGGAGCGGAGACGCCCCCAUCACGGUCGGCCAGCUGGGGACGGCCUACGUCAGCGCCACCACCGGGGCGGUCGUGACGGCGCUGGGACUCAAAUCUCUCACCAAGCAUUUACCGUCUAUUAUUGGCCGCUACGUGCCUUUUGCUGCCGUGGCAGCUGCUAACUGCAUCAACAUUCCUUUAAUGCGGCAGAGGGAGCUGAAGUUUGGAAUCCCCGUCACGGAUGAGGAUGGGAACCGGCUGGGGGAGUCGAGGGCAGCGGCCCAGCAAGCCAUCGCUCAGGUGGUGGUGUCCCGGAUCGGCAUGGCUGCCCCCGCCAUGGCCAUCCCUCCCGUGAUCAUGAACGCCCUGGAGAAGAGAGCCUUCCUGAAGCGAUACCCCUGGCUGAACGCUCCUUUGCAGGUCGGACUGGUGGGGUUCUGCUUGGUGUUCGCGACCCCGCUGUGCUGCGCGCUCUUCCCACAGAAAAGCUCGAUGCGAGUGAGUCGCCUGGAGCCUGAAGUCCAAGCGCUGGUCCGGGAGAAGAACCCCAACAUGGAGAUUGUCUACUUCAACAAAGGGCUUUAAGCGAGGCUCUCCCCCCCCCCCCCAGCUGCCGGGAGAAGAGAUCAGGGAACGGAUCGGAACCCAGGUGUCCGGGGAGAAUGUUAAAUGUUGUACUAGACUAACGCCUUUGAGCUGCUGCAUUUUCUGGCUGUCAUGUCUCAGUAGGUCCUGUGUGUCUGGUGUAGGUUCCUUGCACUCAGAUGACCCGUAGCGAUAGGUAGUGAUAUAUGCUGCUGUGAUGUAGAUUGUUUUUCCUGAACAAAACAGAAACAGGCAGAGCCUGAUCCUCUCCGGUGGCAGGUCGAGAGCGGCCAGGACCCCUAAGUAACCGUCCCUCCACUCCACCCUCCUGCUGUGCGUGGUCCCAGAGUGGCUCACAUGUCCAUCUUCGCUGCUCUGGAGAGUAAUGCUCUUGAGACACUUCCAUGGGAUGCGUCAUCGCAGAGAAGAGGCUGGAGUGGGUGAUGCUCAUAGGGCGAGCAGACGUCCAGGGCUGAAAAACGAGUUGUCCUCCAGCUUUAUUGUUCUCUGGUGGGAUUUCAAAACUGAUGUGAAGCCAGUGCCGUCAGAAAGGCCAGUAGAACGGACCAGAGUCACAGUGGGGGAUGGCUCUGGUGCAGUGGCUAGGCGUGAAUUUUACAGCACGUUGAAAGAUCAUUCUAAAUGUUCUCGCCGUGUCUGCGGAUGGUUUCCUGCCUUAGCAGCAAGGACAGGAGCUCACCUGACUUUCCUAAGGGAGGGCAGUAGCCGAGGAGGAAGACAUCUGGUCAUCUUCCAGUACGGCAGGUCCGGAGCGGCUUGGCAUGUUGAAGAUCUGAAGAUCCGAUACAGCAGAGGCGCUCAGAAAAAGAUUGAGGGGGGGAAAGAAACUACUAUACAAGGGAGCUUGGGACAGAGAUGGACCCCAGAGAGUUUUGGGAUGUCCCGAUCUGGGGUUUCUCUGCCUACCGGAGGAGAAUUAGCUGCAAUGCCUGAAUGUGGGGAAAGCCCGCUCCCAGAUCUGUAAGUCAGCUUUGCACUCGGGCCCGUCGCUGCUGUUGGGACCUGAUGUUCGGAGCCAGCUUUCACUCGUGUGUGUGUGUGUGUUUUUGGACGCUCAAUGCCUGUGCAUGUCCGGGCUCAUUCCCAACCAUCGUCUCUGCAGGGACCAGUUCUGAGACCUUGCACAUGCAGCAUAAUGGAAUUUCCAUGGGGGAGAGUUAAGCUGUCCGCGAGGAAAUUCCCCUGCCUGUCUGCACAGAUCUAUCCCUCUGCCCUUUGCAUCGUCCCUUUUAAACGCACUCUGGGAGGCGUGAGGGACAGUCAGGGCCCCCCCAUUUUAUUGUGAAUAUUGACUCAAUACACCUGCGGUGCAGGGGAAAAUGCAUCGCAGUCAUUUUAGGAUGCGAAAGACAAUCUCCGGGCGCAAGAGAUCACUGCUAAAUAAAGCCCCUCUUCUCGUAUCCGAAGGAACAGGGAUACGGAGACUCCUCCACUAAUCACAGCUCUGUUGCAGCCUGCACCAGCUAGCUUAAAAUAGUCCUCGGCCAGGGCUGAUCCUGCCCCGUUGAAAGCUGCAGGAGUUGUACUGUUGGCUUCAGUGGGUGCAGGAGCGGGGGGCUGGAUGCAUCUUUUUAAAAAUAGCAUCAUCAAGGAAGCUAACGUAGGUCUGAUGGCUUGGAAAUGCCAGGGAAUGUCACAGCUAAGCACGUGGGGCCCAAGGCUACUCCAGGUCAGCAAUUUAAUCCGGUUUUCCACUGCUUUCAUCUCCAGAGCAAAUUACACAUUCUAAUCUCCGGAAAACAGCCUGGGGUGGGUUUUUUUUUUUUUAAUGUCGCCUUUGUUCCAGGCUCAAGUCGCAUCCUGGGGCUGCUAGACGCCCUUUGAACAUGUUUACUUCUACGGGGCUCUUGUCUGCUUGCUGUAAGAUCACCUUGCUGUUUGCUAGACCAGCCUCCCUUGGAACAUGUGACGUUUAAAGGGAUCUGGUCACACUG